ACUUGAAUUAACAUAACUAUGUAUUUUAAUUAACCUCUUAUUAUUAGUAAGCUUUAUGAGCAUCAACAAUUUGGGUUAGGUACAUUCUCUUCUCAACAAUGGCCAAGAAAAUCGUGUUGAAAGUGUCUAUUGUGUGCGACAAAUGCAAAACUUGCAUUAUGAAGACGGUCGCCAAGGUUUGCGGGAUAAAAUCGUUAGAUUUAGACGGAGAGAAGGGGACAUUGACGGUGAUAGGGGAUGUGGACGUGGUUCUGAUCGUGAAGGCGCUGAGGAAGGCAGGGAAGGCGGCUGAGAUUGUCAGCGUGGGUCCAGAAAAGGAGGAGAAGAAAGAAGAGAAGGAGGAGGAGAAGAAGAAAGAAGAGAAGAAGGACGACAAAUGCAAGGAGUUGCCUCCGUGCUGUCCUGCGUGUCGUCCCGUCAGCUUCGGUACCGUCGUGCUCUACGAAGAAGAACAACCCUUUGGAUGUGCCAUUCUCUGAAGCACACGCUUUUCCUCGUUCUUUCUUGUUCUCCUUUCUCUCUUUAGAUUUUCGAUCAUAAUAUUUCGAAUUUGAUUUUUUUUAGACAUAUCCUUUUGUUUUUGUACCUCUCUUUCCAAAAAGAAUUCUUUAA